AAAAUAGACACAAAUAUAAUGAAGAUAGGUCAAGUUAGGUCAGGUCAAAUUUAGAAAGACACAAUUAUAAUAAAGAUAAUCAGGUCAAAAUAGGUUAGGUCAGGUGAAAUUAGGUUAGGUUAGGUCAGGUCAAAUUAGGUUAGGUUAGGUCAGGUCAAAUUAGGUUAGGUAAGGUUAGGCAGUAAUGAAUGACAAAGCAAGAGACACUGUGCCGCUGAAGAUGACGAGGCGAAACUGAGAUUGUGAUGACUGUUAGAUUCUGUCAAGAGGGAAGAGGUGAGGAGCGAUAAGAGGAGAUAACAAGCUGUACAUUGCCACUCACACACUUGCUUCUCAGAUCACACCUGGACUGUUGCAGUAACAUGGCAAGGAUGGCUGGACUGGGUAACAUGGCCUUUGCAAACAGCCAUAUAGUGAACACCUAUGCAAAGUUCCGGCCAGCUCCCCCUGCGUCACUCAUCAAGGCUGUGGUGGAGCGCGUCACUGAGGGCCAGCAGAAGGCUGGGGUGAGUGGAGGAGGUGCAGCCCUGGUGUGUGUGGACAUGGGGUGUGGCUCAGGGCAGAACACAACCCUUCUGGCUCCAUACUUCACCACAGUGGUCGGGGUGGAUGUGAGUCAACCGCAGCUAGAUGUGGCCACCCGAAUGCAUAGUAAUGUUGGGAAUGUGUCUUUUAGAAUUGGGUCAGCAGAGGCCAUGCCCUUCGAGACUGGAUCAGUGAACCUAGUGACCUGCUGUGCCUCGGUUCACUGGUUCAACUCGCCCACCUUCUAUCGAGAGGUGGAUCGAGUGCUGUGUCCAGGUGGGGUGUUGGCAUGCUACAGUUACCUUGGCUGCACUCCCAUCUGUGAAGGCCGCAGGCUGAGGGACACUUUACUGCAGGUGUGGCAUGAACUGGGCACAUAUUGGCCCAAGGGACACAACCUUCUGCUUGAGGAAUAUGCCACCUUGCCGCAGCUGUACCCGGACGACACACACAUAGGGAGUGAGGAGGGGGCGUUCCGUGUGGCGUUUGAGGGCACCGUGGAGGGAGUGGUGGGCUACAUAGCUUCCUGGUCAGCCCUGGACAAACUGCGGCUCAAUGAAGGGGAGGAGGCAGCGGCAGCGUUCCUGGAGAAGGCAAAGAAGAGACUCCUGAGUGCAGCCGGCAGUGACAAGGAGGACAUACCAAUGACUCGAGAACAUAACUACUUUCUGCGGAUGUGGCAAAAACCUUCCUCUUAACCACACCACACCACAACACCAUUAAACCACACCCGGGCAGCCACAGGGGACCAGCGGGUGAGAGGGAGCAUAGAGAACAUAAGGAGGUUACCCAUAGUUCAGUUGUAUGAUAUUUUAUGACCACAAGCUCAAAAGGGUGUGGUUUUUUGAGACUCCUGUUGUUAAUCUCAGGUGAAAGAAUGUUAUUGAUUUGUGUUCGUUUAAGUUUGAUAUUUGAGUUGUAGAUGUAGUAGUAGUAGUAAUAGUAGUAGUAGUAGUACAGGUAACUUGAUAUAUGCGUGUUUAAUUUACGCGUUUUUUGUUAAUACGCAACCGAAAAAAUAUUGUAAUGAAUUAAAUUUGCGGGAUCAGUUUGCAUAUACACGAUUUGGACCACAUCCCGCAUUCCUCCUAUUAUCUAUUGUUUCUUAUGAGAAUUACAAGUUUGUUUUACGCAAAUUUUGAAAUAUGCGAUGGCUCUUGGAACACAUCUAUCGUUUAAAUCAAGAGUUACCUGUAGUAGUAGUAGUAGUAGUAGUUGUAUAGUCUGUCUAUUUUAAAAUGUCUCCUGGAUUUCAAACAUGUAGCUUAUUGAUAACAUAAUGAUUUGAUGGGAAUGACGCUUGGUAUUCUGUUGAUGUACACACUUAUUACAAGGCCAGCUCACGGUUUUCCUCAAGAUCCCUGGGGCACCAUUUAAACUGAGGCCCAGGAGACACUUUAAAGUAGACACACUAUAGCAGUAAUAGUAGUAGUAGUAGUAGUUAUUUUGAUACUAACACCCCAUUCUGUAAUUUAUUCUCUUGUAUCGACUUUAAUUAAACUUCCCUCAUUGAUGGCGA